CCCCUUCUCUCUCUCUCCCAUCAACGUUCCCAUGUGACUGAAGAGUGGAAAAGCAGAGACUCCCAAUAACACUCAGAAGAAAGAUUUCAAGAGAGAAGAGAGAUAUAGAGAGAGAAUCUGUACUUGGUGUGACUUCGCAAUGCAAGAUCCAUCAAAUUCUAGCUCAAUUCCUCACAAUGCUCAGAAACCACCGGCCAACGCGGCAUUCAGGGGAUCACAUCACCGACGGGCCCACUCAGAGAUGCAUUUCCGUCUUCCAGACGACCUAGAUCUCGUCUCCGACCCCUUUAACGGAAGUGCUGGAAGUUUUGACGAGAUCGGGUCGGAGGACGAUAUCUUCUGCACCUAUAUGGACAUAGAAAAGCUCGGAUCCGGCUCGGCUGACGGCGGUGAUUGCCGGAUCGAAAAUGCCGUCGGAGGAGGAUUUUCUGCUGAUGUUUGUGACGGAGAAAAGAAUGUUAGGCCACGCCAUCGACAUAGUAAUUCAGUUGAUAGCUCUAGUCUGAUGGGAGAAGGUAUAGAGGCUAAGAAGGCAAUGGCUCCUGAUAAACUCGCUGAGUUGUGGACCCUAGAUCCCAAGAGAGCCAAAAGGAUUCUGGCUAAUCGAGAGUCUGCUGCUCGUUCGAAAGAGAGGAAAGCUCGGUAUAUGUCUGAACUUGAGCGAAAAGUUCUGGCGCUUCAAACAGAAGCAACUACUCUUUCUGCACAACUUACACUUUUCCAGAGAGAUACCACAGGCCUGUCUGGUGAAAACACUGAGCUGAAGCUUCGAUUACAAGCUAUGGAACAACAAGCUCAACUACGCGAUGCUCUGAGCGAGGCGCUAAAGCAAGAAGUGGAAAGGCUGAGACUUGCGACUGGAGAUAUGUCUUCUUCAUCGUCGUCAGAUACAUAUAAUCUAGGAAUGCACCACAUGCCCUAUUCCCAAUACUCUUCCUUCUUUCAGCAGCAGCAGCAACAUGGACCUAACGAUAUGCAAAUGCAACAGCAGCAAUUUCACGCGGCUAAUAUCAUUUCCCAGCAGCAACAACAACAUCAACACUCAAUGAUGUUAUCUUCUUCUUCUUCCCAGCAGCAGCAGCAGCCACAGGCCUUCUCAGACAUGUUACAGGGCCUCAACAUAAAUUCAAGAGGAGGAGGAGGAGGAGGCGGUUCUCAUCUUGUGAAAUCUGAAGGUCCUUCAAUCUCUGCUGGAAGUGAAAGCAGCAGCUCACUUUGACAUGGUAAAAGGUAGUUUAAUUCAACUAUCUUUGCCUUUUGUUGAAUUUGUUUGUUCAUAGGCUCUGACUGACAUCUAUUUAGUCUUCAUCUUACCCUUCCUUAAUUUAUUUAUUUUAUUUAUUUGUUAUUGGUACGCCCUUCUUUUCCUUUUUUUUCUUUGACAGGUUCGAUUUGUUGUUGUUGUGGUCUUUUUAUCUCGUUUUUCUGUGGUGGUGUUGUGUUCUGUUUGAAGGGGGCGAGUGGAAAUGUUGCAUGUCUUGUGCAAUGUCGGUGUUGUUGUUGUUUUUUUUUUCUUCUUUUUAAUUCUUAGGUAUUGUUAUUGUAUUUGGAGGAGAAUUAAAUUCUUUUGUUUUUACACGUUUCUAAGAACUGUAUUCUGUUUCUGAUUCAUAAAUUAAUGGUCUUUUUACAAAUAUUAUUAAGAUUAA